AUGGACCUUUCCUCCGCUCGUCCUCUCAAAGUCUACGUCGUGCCAUAUCCAGGACCAGGCCACAUGGUUCCUCUCUGCGAGUUGGGUCGUUUCUUCGCUAACAGAGGCCAACUCGUCACAAUCAUCACCACCCCUUCCAACGUCGGAAAAUCCUUCCACAGUACUCCUCAUAGCCAUUUGCGAUUUCAGACCUUCGAUUUUCCUUCCCAAGAGGUGGGCUUGCCCCAAGGUGUUGAGAAUUUCGUCGCCGUAUCAGACGGCGCCGGAGCUGCCAAAAUCCACAUGGCCCUUCGUCUUCUCCGGCAACCCAUUGAGGAAUUCAUAGAGAAAAACCCGCCCGACUGCAUCGUCGCCGACUUCUUCUUCCCUUGGACCACGGAUUUGGCUCAAAAGCUUGGCAUUCCCAGGCUUGUUUUCUUCCCCUACUGUGCUUUCGCCGCUUGCAUGAUAAAAUCCACCGGGGAACUCCUCCAAGAUGAUGACUUCAAGAAGACACUAAAAUCCGACUCCGACCCGUUCAUUGUGCCGGGGCUUCCCCACCCGAUUACCAUGACAAUGUCUCAGCUUCCAAAUCCUGCGAAACUACCCAAGGGUGUUGAUGAGUUUGGGAAAGUUAUGAAAGAAGCAGAGUUGAAAAGCCAUGGCAUCGUUGUCAAUAGUUUCGCCGAGAUCGACGUGGAGUACACGCAGCUGUACGAGAAAUUCACAGGGAAGAAGCUCUGGCCGAUCGGACCACCGUCGCUUAUUCACAGGUCCACCGAAGAGAAAACUCAAAGGAGCCAUAAGAGCGUGGUGGGAGAGCAAGAGUGUCUGAGUUUCUUGAACUCGAAGAAACCCAACUCGGUGGUGUACAUCGCGUUCGGAAGCGCGUGGAGCUUCCCGGACAACCAACUCUACGAGAUAGCGCGCGGAAUAGAAUCCUCCGGCCACAACUUCAUCUUGGUGGUGUUCGGAAAGAGAGAGGACGAAACAGAAGAAGAGAGGGAGAAAUGGAUGCCGAGAGGGUUCGAAGAGAAGAUGAAGAGCGAGAACAAGGGUAUGAUCAUAAGAGGGUGGGCCCCACAGCUGUUGAUUCUGGGCCAUCCGGCGGUCGGAGGGUUCAUGACCCAUUGUGGAUGGAACUCCGUUCUAGAGAGCGUGAGCGCCGGCGUUCCGAUGAUAACAUGGCCGUUGUACUUCGACCAUUUCUACAACGAGAAGCUCGUGACUCAGGUCCACGGCUGCGGUGCGGUAGUGGGGUGCGAGGAGUACGGGCUGACGGCGUACGAGCCGAAGGAGAAGUUGGUGACGCAGGACAUGAUUGAGAAAGCCGUGAGGAAGGUGAUGGACGGCGGAGAAGAGGCGGCGAAGAUGAGAAGCCGAAUAAAGGAGCUGUCGGAGAAGGCGAAGAAGGCGGUGGAAGAAGGUGGAUCUUCUCACAACAAUCUCACGGUUUUGAUUGAAGAACUCCAACGCUUCCGGCAAUCUGAAGCUACCAAAGAUACCGGCGGAGUACUCCAGAAUUAG